CGAAUCUUCACACAACUGAUCUAAACGUCAAGUUGAAACUUCUAAAUCAAAAUGGCGGCUUUGAAGACCCUGCUGAUCCUCGUCGUGUUGGCCGUUGUCAUGGCUACGGCUAUUGCUGUUCACGUCGGGGCCUGUGACCAAGUGUGCGACCGUAUACCGGCUGAGAGGGAUGAAUGCUGCCGUGCCCAUGGUUACAGCAGCGCUAGCUGUUCCGGGGGCAGCAUGAACUGUUUCUAGGCGAUGGGUUGGACGCAUACUAAGGACUCCAUUCUGCAGAUACCACCCCAAAAUGAGUUGACCUUCCAGACAAGAGCGCGCCGCAGAAGUCUACCUCCACUCUAUCAAGAUACAAAGAGCUUUCUAUAGCCUUCUGCAGGAGUUCAAGAGGUUUCCUUACUGAACCAUGAAGACUAUCCUGCAAGAUUUCAAGGGUACGCACAUCUACUUCGAUGCCUUCAUUCUGCAAGAACAACUUCACGGCGUUUUUACUCUUAAGAUGUUGACGAGUAUUUUUAAACUGCCGUCAGACUAACAAGAAGGCAUCCGGCCAGUUCUUUGAUGUAUCUUUGAAGACUCGGCAAGUCAACUUGAAAUGCAGAUAUGGGGCUAGUUAACCAGAAAAAAGUGUUAUUAUUCGUCAGUGAAAUAGGCGCGAAUCUUUUACAUUCUUAAAGAGAGCUUACGCUCCAAUUUUUGGCGCCUUUUUGAGGAGUUUCCAACUGUUUUUUUUUGGUUGGUUAAUUGUUAGUGUGUGUCUUUAAUUCCCAUUUUAGCCUAAGUUACUUUAAGUUUUUUUUUUUAUUUGACUCGGCUUUCGAUUACAAGGAAUACUGAUUUGUGAUUACUACAUUUGUUUUGUGCAAUACAAACAUGAUAUCGAAAAUAAAUUCUUAAGUAUAUAA